AUGACGAGAGGAAGGGUUCUAGAAAUGGUUCAACUGGGAGUAUUAAGGACAGGCUCGGGAAGCGGGAAGGGACUCAUUAUGAUAAGGGAAGUGGGGAUAGAAAUCGGCGUCAGUUGGAGAGGACCAACAGCAGAGAGGAAGAACAGGGUAGGGGGAGGGAAGGGCGACAGGGAGGUGAUACGUAGAGACAGUCGGGACUCCAGGGCCCAGGGUGCUAGUCAGGAGAGGUCAGAACAUCGGACAAAAGAUGUUGGACAAGAUUCUGAAAAAGAUGGGAAAUCUGAGAAGGGUGGCAAACUUGCUGAUCGUAAAGAAUCUAUGAUUGACGAGGCAACGUUUGAACCAGAUUAUGACGAAGCUGACACUGAUUCUGAUAAUGCAUCGUCAGGAGAGGAUCAGGCAAAGAAUGCAGAGGAGAGCGGGAAUGACUCCUCGAAUGAUGAUGACGACGAGGACGAUGACAGCAGCCCGUCAAAGAAAAAGAACAGAGAUGGAGAAGAUAAAAAGCAUAAGAAAAGCAAACAUAAGAAACAUAAGCACAAACAUAAGCAUAAGCACAAACAUAAGAAAAGGAAACACAAGAAACAUAAGGAAGGGAAAGAAAAAGAAAAGUAAAUAUUACAAUAUCCACAAAGGUGAUAUGAAAACGUGAUUGUUGACAAACUGAUUGUGAAAAGGUUGAGUUUAUAGAUUUAAUGAAAACAUGGAGGAAUUGUAAUUUAAAACUCAAAUGAAUUUGAUUUGAGGAUGGGAUGAAUUAAAUUAUGAAUUGUGUUCCAUAUGUGCUAUUGAUUGAAGCGUUCAUAAAAUCUUUGCCAAGGGUGCAUUACCAAUACAUCAAGUAAUAUUUAGGUUUGAAUCCAGAUAAUGCAUAUGUCACUUUAAGAAAACUUGCAUCACUUGUGAAAGUGGAAUGUUGUUCACUCUGCUUUGUUCAUGCUUGCACUUCAAAACUAAUGAGAAUCAUGAUUGUGCAGAAAGCAAAAAAUGUAGUCAUAUUUGAAGAAUCUUUGUGAAGGCUUUGCAUAUAAAUUCACGUAUUAUAAAAUAACACACUGUUACAUACUUUCGUUCACAUACUUAUCGAGUAUGUUGAGGAAAUAAUAUGUUGGGGGAAAAUGUAAAUGAAUUUGUUCACAGGUAAGUAAAUCUAAAUAUGGGUAAAGUAGAUCAACACUUUAGUUCGUUUUGUUUUCAAUGAAAGGUGAACUGCAACAUUUCUUCCCAGUAUCCCUUUCAGGCUUGGUUAAGUUGGUCAAUUCUAAUUUAGAAGAUUGAAAUGUUUGGUGACAAAAUAGUCCUAUAUUUAUUUCAUUCGACAUGACUGAUUAACAUCCUGUUCCAUUGAACACUACCUGUUCAAAUUAGGAUUUAAAAAGCUUCACUAUAGUAUUAAUUUUGGUGCAUUUUUUCAAUAUAGCAUAUAUUUAUUUGUAUUGAGAAGUUUGAUUUUUGCUUACGUUUUGUACAGAGAGUAUUACUUUAAAAUGGAAUAUAUAUAUUUUGUAAAUAUUUGAAAGGCAGAUCGUGUUCAGAGAGAUGUGUAAAUAUCUGAGUGUGAGAUAUGCUUGGAUUGUAUGUAACUCCAGAGAGGACAAUAAAAGAGAGGUGAUCUUUUAAAAA